UGUCGCAUUUCCAUCCUCACUGAUCUCUAGCGUCUCUCGUUUUUCGUGUCAAUUUCGCGACUAGAGUGUCCGUGAAACAUGUCACGAUGCGCACUAACAUCUCUCUUCGUCUUUCUUUUGCUCUCCUGCUCCUAUUGGUCGUAGAGACACUUGCCGAUGAUGAUGAUACCGAUUUUCUUAUGAAUGUCUUCUCCGACCUUGGUCCCGUCCUCGCAUUGUUCGGUGAACAAUUUGCUCGGCAAUUCCUCAGUGAGACUUUCACCUGGUACGACCAUGUCAUUUUCGCGUGUGUUCCGUUGGGAAUCAUGACGGCCAUCGCCGGUGCGAUCCGAGUACAAGGGCAUAAGUUCCUCAAAGCAUUUAUUGGACGUGCUCGCGAAAACAAAGCAGCUGCGGAGAUUGAGUACAUGUCUUCCACUUCAGCCGAAGUCGGUGAGUUGUUCAAUGGAAGGGGCAUCGUGCGAACAAUGGGGCAGCCCGAAAUUGCUCAGUUCAUCGUUUUCCCUGAUGAACUCCUCAAGGAGAAGAGGGGUGCGCAGAAUCAAUCAUACGGUAUACAUACCUUAAAGUCUGCAUCUCAAGAAGGCAUACUGCACAAGGAAGGCUAUAGCGAUGAACUUGACCUAGCGGCUCGAAACUGGUUAAAGUCCUUCAAAACGACAGAGACUCGCAGGCCAGAUGUGGAGCAUGCAGAGAACGGAUUGAACCUAUCUAGCUUUGGGAUGAAAAGGGCCAAUCCAUUGCAAAAGAACGAUAGGUUUCCCAAGUACUGGGAGUCCUUGAAAUCCCCUAAUCUACAGCUGAACAUUGCAACCGAGAAGAUAUCAGCAAGAAGGAGAAGCAUUGAACUUCACCUGGCUGCCGUCGUUGCGGUUAUUUUGCAAGCUUCUCUGCUCAUUAUAGCCGGUGUCAUUCCCUACCGUGUGCAGGGUUACGAGUCUCAACCUUGGGGGCUUCCCUGUUACAUCGGUGGCUCCGUCCUUCUUUUCAUUGGCAUGCUUGCAUGCUCUGUUGCUAUUGAACGGAGUACGAAAGAGUUCAAAUGGAGACCAAGCUCAGGGAAACCUGAUGAAACACAGAAGUCCUCUACUAACCCGACUCCAUGCAUGGAUUUGUUUUGGGUACAACGCACGCAGCGUGUUAGUGAUCAGGACUUCAACUCCUAUCUGAUCUACUCGCGAGAUAAGCAAUUCAUCUCAACUUCAAGUCGACAAGAGGAUGUUCGCUCGGAGAAGAAUGACAAAGAAAACAAAACAUCUAGCCGAGUCGAAAUCGACCAGAUUGAUGACAACACAGCUAACAGCCCACCAAGGGGAAACACACCGGUUGAUUCUGAUGAAGACAGGAGAUUGGAGGCGGACUUCUUAGCAAUGACUGCGAUCCUUGCUGGUGGUGCAGGCUUCACCAUUCAGUUCAUUGGCCUGAGGGGACUACCAUGGCCUUGCGCUGUUGCUCAGCUUGGCGCCAUCAUCGUGAUGGCCAUAAUUCGAGCUCUAGUCCGUCGAAGACUAGGAGAUGAUCCAAGCUAUUGCCACGCGCCGUCUCGGUAUGAGUUGGACCUGCUAGCUACUCAACUCGUCGACUCCUCAGGUUCACGGCCCCCUGGCCAGUCUUUCAAGCCCUCAAAGCAAGACUGGACGUGGAGAGUUGAUACAGCAAAACAUCGGCUGCAGAGCAUAUACUCGUUCCGUAUUGGGAAUUGUCUAAAUCCAAGCGUCUCGAGCUCUAGUAAGGGAGAAUCUGCAUCUUCACAGUCUGAUCAAAUGAACAAGGCUCAGCGGAUCAUGCUUGUUCGAAAGCGAUUGGGCGAUCUAGUCCAAUGGGAGACGGAUGCAUUCAAGCCAGCUCUGGCAUUAGCUCGUUCCAUCGAGCGAUUUCUGGAUGAGUUCAUGCCUGCUGCACCCGACAAGACCUCAAUAGAAUGGAAAGUUCCUAUGAAAGACUCGAAGGACAUGCGAUCUGCCGUAACAUUGGAAAUCACAAAGAAAGGCUCCAGUGGCUGGAAGAUCAAAGUUGGCGAGGUUGAAGCUAUCUUGUCACUGUGGAUGGCUCAUCUGGAUGUAGCCAAAGCGGCAAAAGCAAAGGACAAAGAGAAGGCUGACUGGCAAAGAUCAAAAGCUGGUGUGGCCUUGGGAGUUGACUACUGCAGGAUCCUUGGACCUAGUGACCAACGUGGUGUAUUGGAGCGCGACAUCAAGUGGUGGGUGGGCAAUCCAGCUGUUACUGAAAUCACAAUGGCCAAGAAAAUGCAAGAUCAUACAACUAAUUCCGGAGAUCGUACUCUCGCAACCUGCGAGGCUUCAUACCAUUGUGACGAUCCAGAGCACGAGGACAUCAAGAUGGUCAUUGGCUUUAUGGGACCACUCCGGCCUGAGAAUACGCAUAAGCUGCUGGUGCAACACUCUACAGCAGGUUUGGUUACCAUUGCUGCACAGCACCUGUUUACAAGUUUCAUCUGGACUAUUGUUGAUCUGGAUCAACUUCCAAAGGACUUUCUUGACCAAGGCUCCAUAAACAUUCAUGAUUCUGUCAGCAUUCAACCACCUAAACCAUUAGACUUGGAAUCGAGCAAACUUGGUACAGGCCGAAAGCUGAGUCAUACGAAACUGACCAGGUUCGCGCUUCAUGCCGAGAAAGAGGGCCUUGGAACACUAGAUGAUAUUUUUCUAUGCCUCAUCCCCGUUUUAAGUCUCAGAGACGUCCUUCCUAAUGAUGCAACACUCAAGCUUGAUCUACCAAGCCCUCGUGGGCAAAGCGCAUGGGUCAAAGACGCACCAGCUUACUUGGCUCUCCUCAAGUUUAUGGCAAAAGAUCCUAUGUGCCGUUUCGAUGACUACCUUUCUUUAGUUGCAGUAGUCCACACACUGGACUAUGUCUACCUAAUGGCUCUCGAUGAUGAAAAUAUGGCGUAUGGAAGAGCUUUGCCUCGAGAGGAUGAUAAGGUCUCCGAGUCCAAGUCGAUUGACUCCAGUGCGAACUCCAAGUCUCUUAGUCGACAGCCUUCCGGCGAUUUGCAAAAGCUGUUGGAUCAUCUCUCUCUGUUCUUCCCUGACGCUAUCAAGAAGCUCUCGGUGUUUUACAAACUUCAAGGACGGAAAGACUACUUCUGUGAGCUUGAGAGUCGAUGUGAAGAGGUUCACGUCUCUCCAUGACAAUGUUUCCAAAAUAGCCCCUAUCGAUCUACGGCUGUUUCAAGGGAAAGACUGGAAGAAGCGAGACAUAUUUGGCUGGACAGCUCUGCAUUACGCUGCUUCUUGCAAGGAGUUCAAGCUCGUCGAGGAGUGCCAGCAUCACAUCAUGCGCAACAAUCACCUUCCUGGUUGUCUCAAAGCUCUUCUUCAGCAGGGUCACCCACAGACCUGGUGGCUCGACAAUUUUGACAGAAGCCCAAUUCAUGUGGCUUGCUUGACAGGAAACCAUAGUUUUCUUGGAAGACUGCUAGCAAGCCUGUCGGAUCAAGAUGCACGAU